AUGACUUCAAGCCGCAUCAGUAAGCAUCUUACUUUCUGUCAGUGUUUCGUGACUGACACUAGCUCUAGAAUGCUCAUGCAAACUCCGGUCACGAUUGUUUGUGGGGAAGAUCUUACUACUGAACUUACGAUGCACGAAGAGCUGCUUCGGCACCAUAGCAGAGUACUCGAAGAGCGCUUCUCCAAGGCAGAGCCGCUAAGGGAACUGUACGAACAGUCCCAUGCUCUUCGCAACAAGAUUGCAGCACAUGUCUUCCCAGAGGUAACUGAGGAUGACUCUGAAGCUAGCAGUCACCAAGAGCAGCUUAUACUUCUAACAAUGUCUGCAUAUGAUAGCUACCCGCUGCCAGCGUAUCACGAGGCUAUCAGAAAGCUAAUCGAUGUCGCCACGCAAGAUGCAAUCACAUCAAAACAUGUUAAGACGAGGAAAUUCGCCGCUGCCACUUAUGACAGCGAUAUCAGAGCGCGCUUGGCAUGCAUCAAGCCUCGCAGCGUAUAUGCGAUUGUCCAGAAGCUGUUUGCUCGACUCCACAGGAUCGAGAAGAAAGAGUUUGAAGCAGCCAAGAAGGAUCCUUUGCGAGCUGCAGCCCAAAAGCGAAUUGUGAUUCCUGGAUUCGAACAGGAUGCAGUCCAGUUCGUGAUGCAAUGGAUCUACAAAGGUGCCCUUUCUUGUGAGGACCUGCCGCAGCUCUACAACACCUUGCAACUUGCGAGGCUUUGGGGAAUCGAAGUGCUAGUUGAGUUCUGCGAGAACAAGCUAUACACCAUCAUCAAUGGUCUUUUGCAAAGCAAACUAGGUCAUUGCACUGCACUUCAAAGCUUAUUCGAAUGCAGCUUGAAUCAGUACGACAACAGUUUACGAGUUAUCUUUCAAAUCAUACUGAAGGACCAGAAUGCACCCAAACGUCUUCAGGAACUAGUCAUCAAAGCCGUGGCCACCGACCUCAACCUCGAAACAUGGCCAAAAUUGAAGCCUCUUGUAAGCCACGACACGGUUGUGAAGCUCAUUGGCACUCUUGUACAGAAAUACGCACCGCGCAGUGCUAGCAUCAGCAGUGACAGGGACAUGGAUAAUGAGGAUAAAAGCCCUUACGCUCGGUCUCUAAUGCAUGUCACAGAUGUCUAG